UUUGAUACUUUAGGUGUCAGCUCAGGGCAGUCCGGUUAUUGAGCAAAUCAAAGUAACGCCACUUGCCCCUUAUAAAUUGAAGCACUUCGCUCAGUCCAGCAAGAAAUCUGAAGUGUUCUGAUCUUGGAGGAUAACUGAAACAUCAAAAAUGAGGAUCUUACUCAUUGCAGCACUUGUUUUGGUCGCAGUGAUCACCCUCGCAGAGGCUGAAGAGAAGCCCAUCUUCGCUCAGCACUUUGAGACAAUUCAAACUCAAAUGGAGGAUUUAGGUCAGAAGGCACGGGAAGCCUUUGAGAAGGUGCAGAACAGUGAAUUUACCUCCAAGACAAGGAACUGGUUCACUGAGCAGUUUGAAAAAAUGAAGCAGUCAUGGUCAGACUUGGUCAACUAGAACUACAGACCUUCUGAAGAUGACUGGGCUCUCAUGCUGUUGAUUUUGUUCUCCCUUAAUUAAUGAAAAAGUGUACAAAUCUGCAAUGCAAAUAAAUAUAAAAAUAGAUGGCAAGUAA